AUGAAUGUUGAAAGAGAUUCUCUUAUUUGCAAAUAUGUAUAUGGAAGUGUUUCUCCCAAAAUAGAUGUAUAUGCUUUCAGAGUUGUUCUAUAUGAGCUUAUUUCUGCAAAAGAAGCUUUGAUGAGGAGUGGUGGUGCAUCUGGUGCUGAAUUAAAGGGCCUUGUGGCUUUGGUGAUUAUUAAUGACUUUGUUAUGGAGUUGCUUCAGAUCGAGAAGCAGCGCAAGGACGAAGCUCGUAGAGAAGCCCUUAGAGUUGCCAAUGAGGAGCGCAAGAAGCUCAAGGCCGAAGCUGCACAAAUCAGGGCUCAGGAGCUUAAGAUCGCACAACAAGAAUUCAGAGAAACACUCUUAAAAGAAAGAGAUGAGAAACUUGAAAAUUGGAGGAUGAAGGUCAAAAAGCAUGGUGAGAAGAUGGCAGAAAAGAAAGAGUUAUUGCGUCGACAAAGCUCAAAGUGGAUCGAUGAAGCUAAUCUUGAGGCACAAGUAUUGGAAUCCAUCGUUUCCUUUCGCUGAGUCCCUUAUACUUCCACAUUUGUUAUGGUUGGGAUCAGUGUUGUGUUAUCUGUUACAUAGAAGUUAUAUUUUUGUCCUAUAUUCAAUCAAGGUUCCAUCAUCAUGCAAAUAACUUAUGCAUUCGGAGUAUGGUUAGCCACUGCUACAUUCAAGAUGCAUAAUACACAUGGAAAUAAGUCUGGAUAUUUUGGGUUAGUCUGGGAUUAUAGAGCAAGUACUAACGUAUCAAGUUUGCAUGCUUGAGUAUGAAGUAUUUAAGUAAUAGUGACUGGAUUUUCCUUUUUGACCAUUCUCUGAAAAUUA